AUGUCUGGUGAUGAAACUUUGAAGAAGACAGCCUAUAUCUUUGCUGGUCUUGCUAUGAUGCUCAACAUUAGACUAUCAUAUAGUUCUGCACCAUACGCCUUGUUGAGGUUCAUGUUACCUGAAAAUCUUUUUAGUGUGUUUGUUAGGAGAAUGGCAAGUUCUUUGGAACUAUGGUGUUUACCAGGUUUCGUCAUUAUUAAUCUAAUGGAUCUUAUUAGAACACAUGCUUAUAGUGGUAAAGAUUGGGGCUAUAACUAUCUAUCUAUCGUUGUUCAGUGGUUAAACUGGUUAACAUUUGUAAUAUUAUUGGUUGUAUAUCGUGCAGGUGGUGACAUAGGUCAUCUAACAGCGUAUUACCUUGUCAUUGCAAUUUCUGGAUUUGUAUUCGGUUUAAGUAAUCCAUUGGUCUUUGCAGUUGACUAUAGGUAUCUAGCUGCGUAUAUGGCUGGUGAAAAUUCAUUUCCCAUGGUAACAUCACUAAUACACUAUUUUGCAACACUCAUGUUUGGUAACCGGAGGAAAUACAAUAGUGACUACCUAAUUGUAGGAAUUGACAUAUGGGUAGCAAUAAUAAUUUCCUUCGUAGCAGCUGUUCUGUGGACCGCAGCAUUCAAGGACAAGAAAGUUGAGGGUGGUGGUGCUCCAGAACCUCCUCACUUGCCUGAUAUAGUUUCACCAGUUGCAAUGGUUAUUGUUGGCAUGGGAUUAGUCUAUGCUAUAUAUCCUGCUAUCGCACCUGGUAUGAUUGUUCCAUUCUAUCUCAUUGAUAAGAUUGAGAUGGUACUCCUCAUAGCUACUGCUGUUCCGCCCGUGAUUGUAGCCCUGCUCAGGGAGUACGCACAACAGCAUUCACCUCAAAACUACGGUAGUGAUGGUUUCCAGAAAUGGUCAGAUUACUCUGCUGGCAAGGUAUAUCAUUUCUUUGAUCUUCUGAUAGUUAUUAAGAUAUCUCUUGCCGGCAUAUUUAUAUAUUCACUUCAUUAUAGAGAUUCUAACAUAUCUAGAUCUAUCGUUAAUCAACCCAAGAUGUCUACCGCAUUGUCUAUUAUAUUUUAUAUGUGUCAUGAAAUUCUUUUGGCUUUGGGAUUUCCAGGCAUAAUUGGUAAUAAAGGUGCUGACUAUGUUGUUCUUCCUGCUCAAUACGUGGGUGCAUUCCUAAUGGUAUUCUUAGCCUUCUACAGCGAGGGAUACAUUAUUGAGUAUAAGAAUCACGAUCCUGCUCAUUGGCCCACAGAAGGCAUGACUAGGUGGAACGCGUUCUGCUAUUGGUGUAAACGAGCCAGUAAAAAAAUAAUCGAAUCCUGA